CUCCCGCAAGGGAUUAUGGAAGGUGUGGAUUUCUUGCCUGAAGAGAGCGGUUCACCUGCCAAGGGCGGGAGAAUCUUGGAGACCCCCUCCCGGAUAGGCGGGGCAACGGCUAAUGAGCGACCAAUCACCGAGCCAGCCCUUGGAGGGUCUGAAAAGCGGCGAAUCAAAACGCAGCGGCUUCAGCCUUCACGGGCGCGCGGUAAUUUGAAUACAGUGGAGGAGAAACGGGCUCCACUGGAGAGAGAUUCCCGGCUUCGAACCUCAGGAGUUCAGUUAAGAAGAUGUCAGCUUUUACUCCAGGAAAAAGGAAGCAGCAUUCUUCAAACUAUGAGAACCUAUUAUCAGACAUUCCAUCAAAGAAAUUAAUUCUGGACUUUGCUGAGAAUAUACUUCCAUCACCUGAUCAAAAUUACAUUUGCCAAAGAAGUGAUAACAGUGAAGAAAAGGCACAUUGCUCUCAACAAGGCCAUUUCCUUUCAAGUCCACUCGAAACAACUAAAAAAAACAAAUUUCCACCUGCAAAUCAAGGUUCGCCAUUUAAAUCUGCUGUGUCUACUGUAUCCUUUUACAACAAAGACAAGUGGUACCUCAACCCAUUAGAAAGAAAGCUGAUAAAAGAGAGUAGAUCCAUUUGUCUAAAAACUAAUAAUGAAGACAAAUCUUUUCCCGUUGUGACAGAAAAAAUGCAGGGAAAACCAGUCUGCUCCAAGAGAUUGAAUAAAAAACCACAAAAGAGUUUAACUUCUAAGUGUCAACCAAAAUAUAAAUGCAUCAAGCCUCUAUCAAAGAAUUCCAAAAAUUCCAAGCAAAAUCAAGUGGCCUAUAAGCCAAUUAUAGAGAAAGAGAAUAGUUAUUAUUCAGCUCAAAAUAAUCUGAAUGCUCCUCGCGUUCUAAGCCAAAAAGUCAAACCGCAAGUUACGCUUCAGGGUGGAGCGGCAUUUUUUGUUAGUAGAAAAAAGCCCUGUCUUAGAAAAUUGUCUCUGGAAAACAAGCCAUCAUUGGGACUCACACAAAAGAAUAUAUCAGAAGUGAUUGAAGGUUCUGAUGUAGAGACCGUCAGUAAAAGGAAAAAAUUUGAGACAAGGCAAGUGCCAAAGUGCUUGUUACUAGAAAAAGAACCGAACGUCGAGCUGCUUCAUGCAAGAAGUAAAAAUGAAGAAAAAUUAAUAAAGGAUUCAUUAGAUGGAGUAGUUUCUUUAAGAGAAUGUAAACCUAAUGAAAAUAAGUGUUUUCCUUCAGAGGAUUUUCUCAGUGAAAACAAGGCGGUUUCUCCUGAGUCCAUUGUUUAUCCCAUCUUCAGUGUGUCUCCAGUCAGUACAAAAAGAUCUUUAGUUGACGAACAGUCUUCUGUGAGAUCCAUCAUAUCUGCUAACUCCUUGAAACAGAUCAGUGAGCAGAAAAGUACUAAUACCAGAGAUACAAAUAAAGGAACAAAAGAGCAGCUCAUCAUUGACGCAGGUCAGAAACACUUUGGAGCCACCAUGUGUAAGUCUUGCGGCAUGAUCUACACUGCUUCCAGCCCUGAAGAUGAACUGCAGCAUGUUCAGCAUCACUACAGAUUUCUGGAGGGCAUCAAAUACACUGGCUGGAAAAAAGAACGUGUAGUAGCACAGUUUUGGGAUGGGAAAAUUGUGUUGGUCCUGCCACGUGAUCCAAGUUAUGCUAUUAGAAAGGUAGAAGAUGUCCAAGAACUGGUCGAUAAUGAAUUGGGCUUCCACCAAGUUGUUCCCAGAUGUCCAAACAAAACCAAGACUUUUCUCUUCAUAUCUGAUGAAAAGAGAGUAGUUGGGUGUUUAAUUGCAGAGCCCAUCAAACAGGCCUUCCGUGUCCUUUCUGAACCAACUGGUCCAGGAUCCCCAAGCUCUAAAGAAUGUCACCGGGCUUGGCAAUGUUCAGAUGUACCAGAGCCUGCAGUCUGUGGAAUAAGUAGAAUCUGGGUCUUCAGACUGAAACGAAGAAAGCGCAUUGCACGACGAUUGGUAGAUACUCUCAGGAAUUGCUUCAUGUUUGGCUGUUUCCUCAAGAUUGACGAUAUAGCGUUUUCUGACCCAACACCAGAUGGCAAGUUAUUUGCAACCAAAUACUGCAACACCCCUAAUUUCCUUGUAUACAAUUUUAAUAGUUGAAGUCAAUGUCUAUUAUCGGACAGUUACUGUGUAGAUGAGUUCAGACAACCCCAUGUCAUAUAAUGUGAACUAUUUGACAAAUAUCAAAAUAAAUCUGUUGAGACACACAUACACACAUAAACCUGUAUCAGUUUUGUUCCUUAUGAAUUGAAAAGUGAGGGAUAAAUUUGUUAAAAAUUAUCUGGGGAUUCAAAAAAAAAAAAACUUUUUGGAUAAUAUAUACUGACUAGCACUGGAAUCCUUAAUUAUGAAACUGUGUAGCUAUAGCUGGAAAAUGGUGCCUCCUACUAAAAACAUUGGCAAAGCAAGUUGUUUCCACAGAUACAUGACCAUUUUAUAAAGCAUACUUUUGCACCAGGAUUAUCUCAUGCCCAAUCAGAAGCAAAUAGCAAAAUUUAAAGAUGGGCAAAUAAUUUCAAUGCCUGGUCUUUAAAGUUAAUUCCUGAAUUCUGUAUAAAGUGAGAAAGUUCUCACUUUAUAGGUAUCAGCUGGAGGAACUCAGUUUGAACAGAUAUAGAAAGUAUUUUGAAUUUUUAAUUUGUGAGAGGGCUUUUCCAUCUUUAUGGUAAAGAAUGUACAAGAUUUCCAUAUCCUUUUAUGUAGAACAGAAUUCUGUAGCUUAAGGUUUUAAUCCUUUCAAAAAUCCUAUUAAGCAAAAUGUACCUGUCACUGGAUCUGAUUACUGAUAAAUGUAGUAAUUGUACUGUUGUCAUUUCAUGACUUUUGGGAGUGUGAAAAUGUUCAUUGUGCUGCUUACCUUCAGUGCGCUCGUUGCUGGGGAUUGAUGGCGUUAACAGAAUGGACCCCCAGUUUUAUUAGAUGAUUCAUAUGGUUAUAUUUUUAAUAUGUUUGCGUGUUUAAAAUACAUCUGACUUGUUCUGAGUCUGGCAAAUGUGCUGACAAAGUCAAUAGUAAUAUAUAACUGAGGUCAGUAAAUCAAUGUAUCUAGGUGGAAGGGGCAGAGAAUGUGAUGACAUUAUGUAAACACAUCAGUAUGCACACAUUUUUCUAGUAUAAUUCUUGGAUACUUACUUUGAAGAGCAAAGAAUAUUAUUUUGAUUCUAAAAUUCAUGUAACUGCUUAUCUGGUGGUAGGACUCUAGGGAAAUAGUUUUCCAGAUUAUAACUCUAGAAUCAGUUCAUCUUCAUUCUUCUAUUUGCCUGUAAUUUAACAUAUUCCCCAGACUUAAAAGCCUGGAUUCCAAAAAGAAUGUGGAAGUGUUAAAAUGUCUGUAAUAUGCAAACAUUUUAAUGUUGU